AUGAAGGCAUCAAUCAUGAGCGCGGCUCUCUCAGCCCUUAGUUUUCUUCCCUCCCUCAGCACGUGCACCCCCAUCGCACAAGCUAGCUCAGUAUCAAAUUUCGCCAUCCAUCCAACUCUCCCUUUAGCCGUCAAGACUCUGACAACCUUCUCCUACCCUUCAUGGGCCGAAAAUUUGGCCAUCAGAUCCAACGGCGACAUCCUAGUCUCCCGUUUCGAUACCCCUGAGGUCCUCCUCGUCUCACACACAAACGCAUUUGAACCCAUCACCAUCUCAACCUUCAACGCCACAACCUACAAAGGCUGCCUCGGUAUCUCUGAAACAACAAAAGAUGUAUUUUACGUCAUUACCUCCGCUCAAAUCGACGAUUCCUUCGCCAAAACAAGCGGUGUAAACUCCAUCUGGAAAAUUAACAUGAACACAUUUGCUCAAAGUAACGGAGUCGUCACAUCCCCAGCUACAGUUACCAAGCUUGUCGAUAUCACCUCUGCCGAUUUUCUCAAUGGAAUGACCACCCUAGAUGAUGAGAACAUUCUCGUGGGAGAUUGUUACAAUGGAUGGGUUUACAAAAUUUGCGUCACAACUGGUGCUUAUGAAAUUCUCAUCAAUGAUCCUAAAAUGAAAAUCCCCGUCGGUGCCUCCGCUAGUCUCGGUGUGAACGGUAUUAAAAUCUCAGGUUUAUACCUUUACUGGACCAAUACCGCUAUUGGUACUCUCAACAGAAUCAAUAUCAAAUUCGAUGGAACACCCAUUGGAUCCAGCGAGGUUGUCGUAAGCAAUGUUCCUAAAGCCGAUGAUUUUGUUUUCAAAAGCGAUGGAACGAUUUGGGUUGCCCAGAAUCAAGUGGAUGAAUUGAGUUAUAUUCCUGUUGGGAAAAAACAAGCUACCCUUGUUGCUGGAAGUACCAUCUCAACUACUUUGGCUGGUGUUACUUCUGGUCAUUUUGGAAGAACGAUUGCAGAUGCUAAUAUUUUGUAUUUGGCUACUAGUGGUGGAAUCGCAUCGCCCAUCAAUGGAACUGUUUCUGUAGCAGGAAGUAUCCUGAUGGUUGAUACGACUAGGUUGCAUUAA